AUGCCUCACCUCCCUCCAGUCACUCCCGCUCCAACCGCUGCUUCACUCUUCUCCCGAGCUCCGGUCAUGACCCCCGCUAUCCAAGUACCCACUCACUCCGGGCCACGGGACGGCCCCGAUAUUCCUGGCGCCGGCAAGUUCAAGUCGCCUAAGCUAAGACUCGAGCUUCGUGAUCUCGCUCACCCUGGAGCCGGGGUCUUUCUGAGCUCUGUGAAUGCGGCAGAAUGCCUCGCCAAAGCAGUACAGCAUGUUCUGGCGCUUCUUUAUGAAUCGCCUACAUGUCCUACUACCACAAUCCCAACAACACGAUCUGUCACGGUCAUUGUCCGUAGCAUGUCGGGAGUAGCUUACACCACCGGGUCUGAACUGGAUAGCGACCACAAGGAGAUUCACUUCUCUGCGGACUACAUUGCGAACAUUCAUCCCAUCUCGCGCCGUGCUGACGAAAUCAACGGCGUGCUCACUCACGAGCUCGUUCACUGUCUUCAGUAUAAUGGACACGGACAUUGCCCCGGCGGUUUGAUCGAGGGUAUCGCCGACUGGGUUCGACUUCAUUGUAAUCUUAGUCCCCCACACUGGAAGAAGGAGAGCAGCGGGAAGUGGGAUGCAGGCUAUCAGCAGACGGCCUACUUCCUGGACUAUUUGGAGGAUCGCUUCGGGAAGGGAACCAUUCGCCGUCUCAACGAGAAGUUGAGGAUUCAGAAGUAUGAAGAGAAAGCAUUCUGGACCGAGCUAGUUGGGCGACCAGUUGAACAGCUUUGGGGUGAUUACAAAGAGAAGCUUGAAUCGUAG